ACAGAACAGGACAAUCGACGGGGCGGACCGCAAUGCGCCCCACACCCGUCGAACAGAACCGGCGGCUGCACAGGGUAGCAGCGCCGGCCGGGCGUGUGAUGAUCCGGGCGUCGCCACCAGGCGUGCCCAUGCAUGCCGGCGUAGCGCUGGUCCACGCUGAGGAGGCGGCUGAUGAAGCGGUUGUUGAGGGCCAGCAGGGCUGCGUCAUGAAGCGGUAGUCAUACCACGCAAGGAAGAGGUUGGCAAUGAAGGGGGCGGCGGAGAUGCCCAUGGGGAUGCCGCAAGUCUGCUGAACGAGGGCGAAGGUGCCGAACCGUAUGAAGGUGGAGCGAACCAGAUUGUGGAAGAGGGCCAUGAACUGGGCUUCCGAGAACGUGUGGAUGGCGAUGUCGGUGAGGGGUUCGCGCCGGUAUGCCGGCACGGCACUCGCUUCCGUGGCGGUCAGGAGCGAGGCCUCGUACAUGUGUUUGCCAUCGGGCGUCUUGGGCGGGGUGAUGGUGAUUGAUAUGGCGGCACACUGGGCGUGGGCGAGCGUGGCCGUGAUCAGGGACGCCAUGGUAGCGGCCAAGUCGUCAUGUGGGAUGUUGGUGUACAGGCCUGCGGGGCGGUGGCGUGCGCGCGCGGGAGUUGCUGGGCGUUGAACUCGUAGAUGGAGUCCAUGACCGCGCCCGAAUGGAGGCAGAACCAAGGGUCUGAUCCGGUGUGGGCCUGCCACAUGGUACGGAAAGCGUCGGCGAGGGUUCGCAGGCCGGCGGUGACGACGUCACUGAUGGCGGUGACCGGACAAUCAUGUGAGCACGCCAGGAAGCGCAGGCCCGGGGGCGUCUUGUGCAUCUUCAUGGUAACGGCGUAGUAAGCGGCGUCCUUGGUGGUAUCGUACCGGAGGUAGUGGAUGCCAGCGUUGGCCAGGGUGGUGUUUUGCUGUGUGAGGAAGGCGUGCAUCUGCUCGACGGUGGUGGUGGCGUAAUACGGUUGCGCGAUGGGGGGGGCCAGUUUAGGCCAUGCCUCAUCGCAGCACUU